AACCCAUAUUGAAACUCAACAAGCUAAAACCCAUAUUUUCACUUUCAUCUCUUUCUUCUUCUCACCUACUCAACCUCCGAAUCACGGCCACUCCACACUCUCUACCUUCUGCCUCCGCCUCAUUUCCUUUCUCUCUCUCGUUCACUCAGCAACUCUCAGCCGUCUCAGUCGGCUCCGCUUCACAAAGUAAAUGCUGAGAGGUUCUGAGGAUUAAGUUUUCAUUUUGUGCUGUGUUGUUCAGAGAAGUAGUUACAUUUAUUGUGUUAUGUGCUGCUCUGAGGAUUGAACCUCCAUUUCAGUCUGCAUCCACCAAAGGCCAGAGCUAGACCUUUCCAUCAUUGGUAAGCUCUCAAACUCGCUCUUUUUCGAUUAGUCAGCAUAUGGGUUUCUGAAAGUUCACUCUGAAAUGGCUUAAUCCAACCUGUGAGCUCUCCCCUUCCCUCUACCACUCUCAAAUGCUUCGCAACUUUCCCAUUUUCACUCGCCAGAUUCUCACAAGUACCAGCCUUUCUUUCUCCAAAAGCCCCCAAAGAACCUAUGGGUUCGCCCUUAUUCGUCUCCUCUCAUACGCUCAGGUGCACCGUCGCGUACCUGAUCCCGAUGACCCUUCCACCCUGAUGAAGGAAGAUGGGGUUUCUCUCUGUUCUCGAAUGUGGAUUGAGAAUUUUCGGGAACCUGAUCGUAUUGUCACUAAUUUGACAUCUUAUCUCCGCCGAUUUGAGCUAUGGGUUUUGGCUUACCAGAAGGUUUGCGCUGACGACAUGGGUUCUUACAUGCCGCGGAGUGCUAUUCAGAGGCCGGCGCUGGAGGACUUAUUGGCGCUUCGAAACGCUGUCCUUGAUGAUAGGUUUAGGUGGGGAGCUAGGCUUGAGUUUUUCAUAAAGUCACCCAAGGAUAAGACUGAUUACCAGUCUUUGUCCAAGAGGAAGAUCAAAGCCCUUUUGACAACAACACAAGCUGCUGCAUUUCAGGAUAAAAUUGUUCAAGAAGUGUUGCUUAUGGUUUUGGAGCCGAUUUAUGAAGCUCGAUUUUCGCAGAAGUCGUUUGCUUUUAGGCCUGGUAGGAAUGCCCAUACUGUGUUAAGGGUGAUUAGGAAGAGUUUUGCAGGCUAUUUGUGGUAUAUAAAGGGUGAUUUGAGCACAAUCUUAGAUGGGAUGAAGGUGGGGUUGGCUAUAAAUGCUUUAAUGAGGGAUGUGAGGGAUAAGAAGGUGAUUGAUUUGGUGAAAGCAGCAUUGGUCACUCCUGUGAUUACUACCAAAGAUAGUGGUGAAGAGAAGAAGAAAAAAGUCAAGAGAAAGUACCAGAAGAAGAGGGUAUUGGCUGAGGAUGAGCCAAAACCAGACCCUUAUUGGUUAGAGACAUUCUUUGGUUUUUCCCCUGAGGAGGCAGAGAAGCUUCCUUCUUGGGGCCAUUGUGGGAUACUCAGUCCUCUCUUGGCUAAUGUUUGCUUGGAUGAACUGGACCGAUGGAUGGAAGGGAGAAUUAAAAACUUUUAUCGACCUUCAAAGAGUGAUGUCAUAUGGAAUAGCCCUGACGGAGAAGUAGAACAGGGAAAUACAUCUUGGCCAGAAUUUGUUCCCACAAGUGGACCAGAUAAGACUCGAAAGAUGGACUAUAUACGCUACGGUGGUCACAUAUUGGUUGGUAUUAGGGGACCAAGGGCGGAUGCUGCAACAUUGAGAAAGGAAUUGAUUGAGUUUUGCGAUCAGAAAUAUAUGCUGAAGCUUGACAAUGAGAGCCUCCCUAUAGAACAUAUAACAAAGGGUAUACUGUUUCUUGACCAUGUUUUAUGCCGGAGAGUUGUUUACCCAACUCUUCGUUAUACUGCUACUGGGGGUAAGAUCAUCAGUGAGAAGGGUGUGGGAACCCUUUUAUCAGUUACAGCUAGUUUGAAACAAUGCAUCAAGCAGUUUAGGAAACUAAACUUUGUGAAGGGUGAUAGGGAUCCAGAUCCACAGCCGUGUUUUCGAAUGUUUCAUGCUACCCAAGCCCACACCAAUGCACAAAUGAACAAGUUUUUGUCCACAAUGGUUGAGUGGUAUAGAUACGCUGAUAAUAGGAAAAAAGUGGUGAACUUUUGCUCUUACAUUUUAAGGGGUUCACUUGCAAAGCUUUAUGCAGCCAAAUACAAACUUCGUUCCCGAGCAAAGGUGUACACGAUUGGUGCUCGGAAUCUAAGCCGUCCUUUGAAGGAGAAGAAAGGUCAAUCUCCUGAGUACCACAAUCUUUUGAGAAUGGGUCUUGUUGAGUCAAUUGAUGGACUUCAAUAUACCAGGAUGUCUCUGGUACCAGAAACGGAUUACACCCCUUUUCCAAGUAACUGGAGACCUGAUCAUGAGAAGGCUUUAUUGGAAUAUACAAGGCUUGAUGAUCCGAAAACCCUGGAAGAGCAACGUAGUUGCAUCAAGGAACUUGGCCUUCUUUUGCCACAAGAUUACAUUUCAAUGCUUGUUUGGAACUACAAAAGGAAUGCUAUUGUAUUGGAUCACCUUUCCUUGGUUGGUAGUAAUACCAAUAGGCAAAGAGAUCAACAACUGCUUUUGGGUUCUAAUGAAGAUUAUAUUGAGCAACAAAUCGAAAAGGAGGAAUACUAAUUAUAAUGUUUGGGUCAUUGCUUGUACUGUUGUUUUCCCUUGUAGACUGAAUUCUAUAUAAAAAAAAAGAGAAAAAAGAAAACAAUUCAGAUAAAAUUACAGUA